GGCCUGACGUUCCAGGAGUUCCUCAUCGUGGCCCGCAUGGUCCGCGAGAGCCAGCGUGAAAGGCUGAAGAAGGAUAAUCCCGACAUGCUGGAGCGCUUGAAUAUUGCAACCGAGGGCGAGCAGAAGAGGCGGUACAACGCGGUUUCACCUAAGAAAAAAUCGAUCAGGCAGACCACGAAUGUGGAAGCCGUGACCUCCGAGAAGCGGGCCACCGCCAGCGUGUUCCAGGUUGCCGACGAGGACGGCAACGGCAGCGUCUCCAUCGCUGAAUUGAAGGGUGUGCUCAAGCAGCAGGGCUACACCGCGCUCAAGCAGGUCAUCGCGGAGAUCAGCAUGGAGCUCGUGGAGGGUUGGGACAUCAAUUACGAGCUCGACUUCAACGAGUUCUUCGACUUCCUGAUGAUCUUUCACCAGCGGGAGGGGUUCUUGAAGGCAGAGGUGGAAGCCUUCAAGCGGGUCUUCCACGAGUUCGACGAGGACAACAGCGGCGAGGUCGGCACCGGCGAGCUCAGCAAGCUGCUCCGCCACCUGGGCUACAGGCACACCGCCUCGGACGUGCACUCGUACAUCGUCACGGCCGACGUCAACCAGAGCGGGCAGCUCGACUGGCGCGAGUUCCUGCACCUCAUGCGCCGCUUCAAGGAGGCCGCGUGCGUGGAGGCCGAGAAAGUCUUCGAGGAACACGCGUCGUGGAUCCGGACGGGCAAAGGCGCGGAGCGGGUGCUGGAGCAGCGCUGCCUCAACCAGGCGCUGAAGCAGCUGGGAUAUUAUCCCGAGACGGCCGCGACCGGGAAGAGCCACCUGCGGCCGCUGCUGGAGGCUUUUUCGAUGUUCAGGCUGGACGACUUCAUCGGCGUCCUCGACGCCACGCGGGUGGACUUCGUGGAGAAGGAGCGCGGGAAGGCCGGCUUCACCGAGGAGGAGCUCAAGUACUUCCGCAGUAUCUUCGACACAUACGACAAGAACAAGACAGGGUUCGUCGGCGUCCUUGAGAUGGAGCAGGUCCUGAACAUGUUCGGCUGGGGCCCCACGGACAAGCAGGAGCAGACCUUGCUGGUCGCGAAGAUGCAGACCGCCACCGAGCGGGCCCGCGCCGCGGGGAUGCCCGGCGCCAUCGGCGCCGAGGGCGAGACGAGCUUCUGGGUCUUUGUACAGUUGCUGCGCCUGCUGCACGACGAGCAGGACAGGAGGGAGGACGCGCAGCUGAGGGCUCUCUGCGCCGAGCUUCAGUUCACCGAGGUGGAGGUCGACCAAUUCCACCAGGUCUUCAGGCACUACGCCAGGCCAAAUCCGGACUUCAUCACCGGACUCCAGAGGGGCGUGGCGCCCUACCUGCUGCCAGGCGACGGCGCCCGAAAGCUCAUCAGAUAUCUGGGCGUGCCGAUCGGGGACUCCGAGGCGGCGCUGGAGGCGAAGCUGGCCUCCCUGGACAAGAAGGGCCGGCCGGGCUUCCCCGUGCUCGAGUUCUGGCCGUUCCUGCGGCUGAUGCGGUGGCUCCUCGACACCAACUUCAAGGGCAUCAACGACUGCGUCGCGAAACUGGCCCGCCUCAAGGGCUCGCCAGGAGACGCGGACCUGUCGUCGUGA